CUCUGCACAGUUUCUUCCUGAUAUGAACUGUCAUGAUUGUUUAUAAUGCGGUCAGUGAUGGUGGUGGAGUUCUCUUGACACCUGAUGCAGUCACAGGUGUUCAGUGUGAACAGGAGGGGGCUGAGCAUGCAGCCCUGGGGGGCUCCAGUGUUGAGCACUAACACAGAGAAGGUGUGUCAGACAUCCUGAACUGUCUGGGGUCUGUUUGUACUCAAGUGCAGACUGUUAAAUCUUAAUUUUCAUGUGUGAGAUUGUAUCAAAUACUGAGCAGAAGUCAGCAAACAGCAUUCUGAUGUAGCUGUUUAUAUUUUCAAAGUGUGUGCAGACUGCAUGGAGGACAAUGAAUAUGGCAUCCUCUGUGAACCUGAUGGUUCUGAAUGCACACCAAUAAUGACAUCACAACUACUUCAGUGUUUUUUUCUCUAGACUCUGCAUCAGGAAGGGGAGGGAUUAAGAAAAUGUGUCAGUCUGAUGUUCAGUCAGCAGCAAGACAACAUGGAGGCAACAGCUCUCUGCACCCGACUGUCGAUGACUGCGGUGCUGCUGUUUGCUGCACAAGUUCAGAACUGUUGCUACUCUCUAAAACUGGAUGCAAUUUUUCCUCAUGUUGAACCAAACAGACUGCAGUUCUUUGCAUAUAGUCCAAUCUCUGUGCAGUGUGAACAUUUGGACUGCUCACCUGAAUGUAGAGUGAUGAAGAGGCUGAAGAAGGAUUCAACAAAUACAACUCAACUUUGGGAAACAUCAACAGGAUCCAGUACUGUUCAACUUUCCUUUCAGUCAGACAGUGGAGAGUACUGGUGUGGAAAUGAAGAGGGGGAACGAAGCAACAGUAUCAACAUCACAGUCACUGAUGGUGAUGUGAUCCUGGAGAGUCCUGCUGUCCCUGUGAUGGAGGGAGAUAAACUGAGUCUGUACUGCAGAAUCAAAGGGACCUCUGACCCUCCUGCUGACUUCUACAAAAAUGGUCUCUACAUUGCAACUCAAUAUAAAGGGACCUUCACCAUCAACAGUGUCUCUGAAUCUGAUGAAGGACUCUACAAGUGCAGAAUCUCUGGAGCUGGAGAAUCAGCAGAGAGCUGGCUGGCUGUCAGAGCACAUAUAAGUUCAGAGACUCCUCGGUCUGACGGUUCCCCUCAGGUCCACAUCCUUCUACCAGCGGUUAUCACCACUGUGUCUGUGGCUGUGCUGCUGAUGCUGGUGGGACUACUUCACCGCCUGAAACACAAAGGCUCGGGGGAGGCGGGGGCUGCUGAUGAAAGCAUGGUGACAUACGCUGUUGUUACAAAACACCACGAGAGGAGAGCAGAACCUGGAGUAUUCAGCAGCUCAGCCAGGCAAACAUCUUUGGCAGAUUCCAGUGAUGCCGUCUAUUCUACAAUCCAGAUGAUGUGAGUGUGAUACAGGGAUUGAGGGACUGUGCUGGCGUGCAUGGAUACGAGGAGGGAAUGAUACUGUAUGUUUUACAGUAAACUAGUGGAUCUUUAAUGACCCGGCACUCUGUGGUAAAUACAUGCACGUUCAACAACCAGGGAAAUCAGUCGAAGGGGAGAAAAAACAGAGACCACCAGUUCAGCCAAUUUCAGGUGGAUGGACUUAAGUUUCAAAGACAAUUAGUAAGUCAUAACUUCUGUGUCCAGCAGUGAUGAUUUUCAAAACUUUUGUACUUUUAAUACUGUGAACUGUUUGAAAAACUUGCUGUUGUUGUGGAUGAGUAGAUAUAAAGAUUAAAUAUAGAAAACAGACUUAACCUCAGAAGAGUUUGUGUCCCUUGAAGACGUGACUUUGAUCAUUAAUAUCAACCCUUCAUCUGUGGGCUUCAGCCAACAUGCUGCGUCGCUGUCUGUCUUUAGGAGUGAGUGGUUUCUCACACUGUGACAGUUAAACCACAUUGUUCCAGACAUCUGUUCAAACGUCUUGAGACGCUUUUUAUAAGAACAGAGCUGCUGCAUCUUUUAAAUACACUCACUGUGGUCGACUACCAACAUGACGCUGUUAGAGCAGUUUGACCUGAGGCAGACACGCUGAGUGACGGAAAUAUAAAUGAACACAUGACACAUUCAUGCUAUGUUAGAGUUGUGGUAUUUACCACGUUCAGUUUAUUUAAUAGCAUUCAGGACCCUGAAUUUGUUUGUCACUUCAUACAACUUGGUUCUCUGGCUGCUCCUCUCAACCUGAUGGAUGCUUAUGUCUAUUAAGUAAUGAUUACAUGAUUAUGAUUAAUGAGAACACACAUCUAAUUAUGAAAAUAAUACAACUAAAUAAAGCAAGUCAUCUUAUUAGGCUAAACCAACACAAUUGUACUUCAGUAUGAGUUGCAGAAUCAGUAUCUUUAUUUUUACUGGUGAUGAUUUAUAAGAGAUGGUGCAUAUUUAAUUAGCACAUGAAUGCUGACAAUGCAUCUGACUGGACCGUCAGAACAUUUUGAGCCAGUUUUUCCCAGUUUGAGUCAGUAUCUGAUAUUUGUCUUUGUGGGGCAGCUUUCUGUCUGUUGUUCAGCUGCUUCUGUCAUCUUGCUGAGAGAGAUGCUGUGAUGUAUAACAUGUAUAAUGUUAUAAGUUCUGUAAAGAGCAUCAUCUAUUCUGGUAUUGAGAGUUCUAUGUGUGUGAAAAGUGACUCUGUCUAGCUUUUCUACUCUUUAAGCUUGUUUUCAUAAAACCCUUCAGCAGAUCUUCAAUGUGCUGUGACCGCUGUAUGAUUAUGAGUUAAAGAUGAAUAUAGAUCAAGAUAUGAAUCAUGCUUUUAUAAUCUCUCUAGAAUUAUAUUCCUUUACAUUGUGUGUUUAGUGUGACCCUGACAGACGCUGUGCACAAUAACCUGAGCGUCUCCACAGAGAACUAUGAUCACACACUUUGGUUUUGAACAGCUGAUGAGUCUUUCAUCACUUCACAUAAAUGUGCUGUAGCUAAGUUAUAAAGAAUGUAGAUGAAUGGUCUCAUUAAAAAUGUAC